CGCAUUGCAUUGUGGUAGUCUGUCCACACGAGGGCAGUUGUCGAGGMUGAAAAAUGGCGUCUGGAAAUUUCCCUACCUCGACGAACRCCGUCACUGGUUUCCCGACACAACAAACAAUGCAGACCUUCGCUGCAAUGCAAGUUCCUGGUAUGCCAGUCCAAGCUGGCUAUCCAGGGAUGCCUGGUUAUCCUCAGGUUAGUGGUCAACCAAUGGCUUUUCCUGGAUUGAUCCCUCGUUUUCCUGGUCAGAUGUUGCCACAGCAACUACAGCAGCUACAGGCAAUGCAAGGAUUUCAACCUGGUGCUGGCGUAACACCAGCAGUUAUGGUACCACAAGCUAUAAUUCCAGCCGCRGUUAGUACAGCUUCACCUCAAACAGUGCAAAGCCCCCAAACACAAGCAACRGCACAGAACAGUGAAACUGAUAARAAAGAAAUUAAACCUGCUGAAGAAAAGAAAGAAAAAGUGAAAAAGAUUAAAACACCAAAGAAAAAGACACCAUGGACAGAACAUAAUGCACCGGAUGGCCGUACAUAUUUUUAUAACAAUGARACAAAAGUAUCAACUUGGCAGAAACCCACAGAAUUAAAAACCCACUCUGAGUUGUUGCUGGACUCUUGUCCAUGGAAAGAGCACAAAUCAGAUACAGGAAGGAUAUACUAUCAUAAUACUGAAACCAAGGAAUCAACAUGGUCAACUCCAAAAGAACUUCAAGAUCUCAAAGAUAUGGUCAAAAAGGAAUUAGAAGAAGAAAAGCAAGAGAGUUCAUCUGAGGAUGAAGAAGAAAAGCCUGCAGCUGCUGAAAUCAAAACUGAAUCAGUUAAACARGAGGGCUCAUCAACGAAUGGUACAACUACAAGUGAGCAGCCUUCGCCGGCAGUUGUUGAGAAAAAGGAAUUCAUUUAUGAAACUAAAGAAGAGGCUAAGCAAGCCUUCAAAGAAUUACUGAGGGAAAAAGAAGUAUCAACAAGUGCUUCUUGGGACACUGCUAUGAGAAUGAUCAUCAAUGAUCCAAGGUAUGGAGCCCUCAAGAAAAUGAAUGAAAAGAAACARGCAUUCAAUGAAUAUAAGACACAACGAGCCAACGAAGAAAAGGAAGAACACCGCAAAAAGGCGAAGAAAGCCAGAGACGAUUUACGAGCCUUUUUGGAAAACAACAAAAAGAUGAACUCUUCUGUACGAUGGCGAUAUGCCUGUGAUAUGUUUGAGGGAACCACUGAAUGGGAAGCAGUUAAUGAGCGAGACCGAAAGGAUGUAUUUGAUGAUGUGAUAUUCUUUAUUGCUAAGAGAGAAAAAGAGGAAGAAAAAGAGCAGAGAAUUAGGAAUAGAGCACUGAUGUUGCAAGUUUAUAACAGCAUGCCYAGUAUAACCUUCCGCACACUUUGGUCUGAGGCUUUACAGAUGGUCAGGGAACACCCAUCAUACAGAGAGGAUGAUGAAAUCAGAGAUGUUGACAGGGAAGAUAUGGUGAUUUCAUUUGAGGAGCACAUCAGAGGMCUUGAGCAGGAACAUGAAGAAGAAAAGCAAAGAGAAAAGAAUAGAUUACGCAGACAACAGAGAAAAAACAGAGAGGGUUUUUUGGUCUUGUUAGAUGAAUUACAAAAAAGAGGAAAACUGAACUCAAUGUCACUGUGGCGUGAUCUUUACCCUACCAUUAGUGCUGAUGUUAGGUUUACAAAUAUGCUAGGUCAAUCAGGCUCCACUCCUCUGGACUUAUUCAAGUUUUAUGUAGAAGAUCUAAAGGCAAGAUUUAGUGAUGAGAAAAAGAUCAUUAAAGAAAUCAUGAAGGAUCAUGAUGUUGCUGUGGAUACAGAUAGUAGYUACACAGAUUUUAGUGAAAUCAUUAGAUCUGACAAGAGAAGUAGCACUCUGGAUCCUGGAAACAUUAAAAUGACUUUCAACCAUUUAAUAGGAAAAGCUGAAGCCAGGGAAAGAGAGAGACAAAAGAAAGAAGAAAGAGAACAAAGGAAAAAGGAAAAUGCAUUUAAACAAAUGUUAAAGGCUGCUUCRCCACCUAUUGAAGAAUCAACAGUAUGGGAAGAGGUCAGAGAAAGAUUUGAAAACGAGUCGUCUUUUACAGCAUUUACUGUGGAGGCAGAUAGAAUAAAGCUCUUCCAAGAUUAUAAAGCAUCUUUAGAGGCUUGUUCACAUCAUCAUUCAUCUAAGUCACACAAGAAAAGUAAAAAGAAUAAGAAGCAUCGUAAGAGAUCCAGGUCUCCUUCUGCAAGUGGGGAAUCAUCUCAUUCUGAAGAUGAAUACAGCAAAGAGAAAGAAAAAGAGAAAGAAAAAGAAAAGGAAAAAGAAAAGGAAAAAGAAAAGGAAAAGUCAUCAUCUCAUAAAAAGAAACGACACAAAAGAUCAAAGUCAAGGUCACGAAGUCCUUCAAGUGGUUCUGAUUCAGAAGCUGAAAAGGAGGUUGUCACAAAAAAGAAAAAGCACAAGAAGAAAUCGAAGAAAAAGCGUCAUCACUCUCCUUCUUCAGAGUCUGAUACAGAGAAGCGYUCAAAAGAUAAAGAAGAAAAGGAGAAAGAGCGGGAAAAGGAACGGGACAGAGACCGUGACAGAGAUCGUGAAAAAGAUAAAGAACGUGAUAGAGAACGAGAUAAGUCAAAAGACCGUGGAAAAAGCAAAGACCAUGAAAGUAAAAGAGAUAAAGAAAGAUYAAAGGAAUAUGGAAAAGAGCGAGACAGCGAUGAAGAAAGAAGAAAGGUGAGACGUAAGGAAAAAACCUAUAAAGAUGAGAAAGAAAAAUCAGCGGAGAAAACACCCAAGAAAAAGAUUGGCUAUGACUCUUCUUCAAGUGAGAGUGAAUCUGAAUUAGAAAUCCGUAGACGUGCCUUACUUGAGCAACUAGGAGCAGCUGGUGGUACAAACUAACUUACAGACAGUACAUUUCAGUUAAAAURCAUUUUUUACGGUAAAUUCCACUCAGUACUUCUUUCUUAAAUUUAGUGGAAAAAYUCAGAAGUUAUGGACACGAGAGACUGUCAUACAAGUUUAUCUUGUGGUUGCUAUUUUUUUUAACUUAGUAACUUUCACUUUACCAGUUGCUUAAUAAUAUGCUCUGUCAUUGGAAGUUAGSUUGUUUCAUCUUUCUUGUAUAUAUCAAUCAUUCAGAGACCUACCGCACUAAGUGUAUCCCCAUUUUACUUUACAAAAUGUAACUAAUUUUGUGAAAAACGAGAAUAAAAAGAGCCUUAAAUGUGA